UGAGAGUAUUUCUUUGGUGGGUGGGGCUUAGCACAGAGACAGGCAGUGAGGAAGUCCCUAAAGCUAGUGGCCUCAUGCAAGCCCAGGACCCAAGGGUAGUACUUCCUCAACUGCUAUGCAUCCAGGAAGUGGGUGAGGAGGAUUGUGGGACCAGGCAGCCUGGAGUCUGAAAGAGGUACCUCAGGGAGGGUCCAGAGAGGCUGGGGAGGGAGGGGCCUCCUCAAAGCUUACUCCUGGAGACCUCCAAACCUCAGUGGCUCCCAGAUCCAGACAGGAGGAAGUGAGAGGGCAAGGCCCUCGUCCACCUGCUCUACCGCUACCCACAGCCAUGGCCUUGGCCCAGCAGCUGCGUUCGGAGAGUGACUUUGAGCAGCUUCCUGAUGAUGUGGCCAUCUCAGCCAACAUCGCUGACAUCGAGGAGAAGAGGGGCUUCACCAGUCACUUUGUUUUUGUCAUUGAGGUGAAGACGAAAGGAGGAUCCAAGUACCUCAUCUACCGACGCUACCGUCAGUUCUAUGCCCUGCAGAGCAAACUGGAGGAACGGUUUGGACCAGAGAGCAAGAGCAGCCCAUUUACCUGCAGCCUGCCCACACUGCCAGCCAAAGUCUACGUGGGUGUGAAGCAGGAAAUUGCUGAAACCCGGAUCCCCGCCCUCAAUGCCUACAUGAAGAACCUCCUGAGCCUGCCCGUCUGUGUGCUGAUGGACCCCGAUGUCAGGAUCUUCUUUUAUCAGUCUGCAUAUGAUGCAGAGCAGGUGCCGCAGGCGCUUCGCCGGCUGCGACCGCGCACGCGCAAAAUCAAGGGUGUGUCUCCACAAGGUGCCAUCAUGGACCGCAUGGAAGCUCCAAGAGCAGAGGCCCUGUUUGACUUCACUGGGAACAGCAAACUGGAGCUUAGUUUCAAAGCUGGAGAUGUGAUCUUCCUUCUCAGCAGGAUCAACAAGGACUGGCUGGAGGGCACAUCCCAGGGAGUCACUGGCAUCUUCCCAGGCUCCUUCGUGAAGAUCCUCAAGGACUUCCCGGGGGAAGAAGACACCACCAACUGGCUGCGCUGCUACUACUAUGAAGACACAAUCAAAACCAUCAAGGACAUUGCAGUGGAGGAAGACCUCAACAGCACCCCUCUGUUCAAAGACCUGCUAGCACUCAUGAGGCGUGAGUUCCAGAGAGAGGACAUUGCCCUCAAUUACCAGGAUGCUGAGGGGGACCUUGUUCGUCUACUGUCAGAUGAGGAUGUGGAACUCAUGGUGAGGCAGGCCCAAGGUCUCCCCUCCCAGAACCGCCUCUUCACAUGGAAGCUACAUGUCACCCAGAAGGACAACUAUAAUGUCUACAACACAGUUCCCUGAGUUAUUGGGGUCCCUGUGGCAAGGAGGGGGUACACAGCAAAAGACCUACACCCUCUAAUAACAUGAGCAUCUCAGGGAGGCUGGGAUGAGGUGCAAACCUCCUAGGCCAGUGGCUGGUGUGCCCGCUGGACCAGGAUUCUACUAGAAUUUGGCACCUCUGAGUUAAAUAAACCAUUUUGUCUCAAAGGA